GGGUCUGGGGAGAGGGUGGGUGGGACUGCAGGGGCGAGGUCCCCACGCUCGGUGCACCGUGCCCUGUAACGAGGCACCCGCAGUGUUUGGUGGAGGGACUGUUUAUCUUGGCUUCCGUUGUCAUUGCUGGUUUCUGAAAUCUAAAUUUCUUAAUCCCGUGUUCCAAAAGGAUUCCUCAGCUAAAGGCGUGUCAGACUUCCCUUUUAACCUCUCAGUUCCCGUCUACACAAAAUGCUAGAUUAAUGCAGGGCAUCCUGUCCUGGUAAAACCUGGAGACGUUGGAGCGUCUCAGACAACCGAAGAGGUCCCACGAACAGGCUCUGCUCUGCUGUAGACAGCACUCCUAGUUUUGUUCUUAUGUCCAAAAGUAUCGGGUUAUCGACGCUAUGCAUUAUCCAGCCUGAAUGAGCGAAAGCGUGAACGUUUAACAUUUUCUUUCUUUAUUUCUGUGAAGUAGAAGCCAGGCUUCAAAAUGGAGAUGUAUGAAACCCUUGGAAAAGUGGGAGAGGGAAGUUACGGAACGGUCAUGAAAUGCAAACAUAAGGAUACUGGGCGGAUAGUGGCCAUUAAGAUAUUCUAUGAGAAACCAGAAAAAUCUGUCAACAAAAUUGCAACGAGAGAAAUAAAGUUUCUAAAGCAAUUUCGGCACGAAAACCUGGUCAAUCUGAUUGAUGUUUUUAAACAAAAAAAGAAAAUCCAUUUGGUGUUUGAGUUUAUUGACCACACAGUCUUAGAUGAAUUACAGCAUUACUGUCACGGACUAGAGAGUAAGCGACUGAGAAAGUACCUGUUCCAGAUCCUUCGCGCCAUCGACUACCUGCACAAUAAUAAUAUUAUCCAUCGAGAUAUAAAACCCGAGAAUAUUUUGGUCUCCCAGUCAGGAGUUACUAAACUCUGUGAUUUUGGGUUUGCAAGGACGCUAGCUCCCGGGGAUGUCUACACAGAUUACGUGGCCACACGCUGGUACAGAGCUCCGGAACUGGUGCUAAAAGACACCUCUUAUGGAAAGCCGGUAGACAUCUGGGCUUUGGGCUGUAUGAUCGUUGAGAUGGCCACUGGCCAUCCCUACCUGCCUAGCAGUUCAGACUUGGAUUUGCUCCACAAGAUAGUUAUAAAAGUAGGCAACCUGACCCCGCACCUGCACAAUAUCUAUUCUAAGAGCCCCAUCUUUGCCGGGGUGGUUCUUCCGCAAGUUCAGCACCCGAAAAACGCAAGGAAGAAAUACCCGAAGCUCAACGGACUGCUGGCAGAUAUAGUUCAUGCUUGUCUACAAAUUGAUCCUGCUGAUCGGACAUCGUCUACUGACCUUCUGCAGCACGAUUACUUUACUAGAGACGGAUUUAUUGAGAGUGUGUGUCGCUGCGUCACAGUUAGGUGUAAUGACAACAGCCGCUCUCAUGACUCUCGACAUACCUAUUCCAGGAAACGGACAAAGACAAGAGGCCCAAGGACACCAAAGUCAGAGUCAUUAAAGUCAAAGGAGGGAAAGGAGAUGUCCCAGACCCGAAAAAGACAGAGUGUGAAGGUGCCCACCACCAGCAGGGCACAGCUGAUAACACGCACGCCUUGCCUCAGGAUAGGAAGCCUUCUGUCACUGAGCUGCCAAACCCUGUCCACCCCAGCACGAGCUCCACUGGUGUCACAGACGACCCCCACCCCGGAGGGUGCAUGACCAUGCCGCCCAUCAACCUGACGAGCAGUAAUCUGAUGGCUGCACACCUCAGCUCAAAGCCCUCCCACUCCAAUGCACGGUGAGCUGGAGCGAGAGGAGGCCUACUGUAUGAUGACAUUUCAGGGUGACUUCUAGAAGGUCAGUGUAGACUGACUUGGAGAAAGAUCUGUUGGAAUUCCAACCAUGCAGCAAGGCAUUCGCUGAGCGGUGCUUGGGAAUGUUCCGAGAGAAGCUUUUUUUCUUAGCUGUGUAGGCAUUGAUUCAUUGAUUGAUUGAUUUUUGGCGACAGAGUGCCACAGUGCCCAGACGAGCCUGGAACUUGCUUUGUAACCCAAGCUGGCCUCGUACACGUGGUCUGCCAGCCUCAGCCCUCCAGUGAUGGGAUUACAGAUGCGCACCACCGCAGCCAGCUUUGGUGGUCAGCCGUUCACUGGUAUCUUUGGGACAGCUUUAACAAUAGCGAAUUGUUUUAUGUCCGUAUGUGUCCCUGUAUGUGUAUGUGCAGCACCACAUCCGGUCAGCAUCUGUGGGAGGCCACAGGGCAUCAGAGCCCCUGGAGCUGGAGUUACAGGCAGUUGUGAGCCACCCAGUGUGGGUGCCAGGAACUGAACCCAGGUCCUCCACCUGGAUGGUACUCACUCUCAACUGCAGAGCCUGGAAUAGAUUUUUAAAAGAAGAAUAGUUUCUAUUAGAAGAGAAAAGGGGUGAUUUGGCUUAAGUUUUGGCACCCAUGUGCCUUGAUGUGCUAGUCUGCUUAGUAUUGCUGUGACAAAAUAUCUGAGACUAGGAUGCUUUAUAAAGAAAAGAGGUCUGUCUGGCCCCUGGCCGUGGUGGCUGGUACCACAGCAUGGUACCACAGCAUGGCACCACUGCUCUGGCUGGGGCUCCUUGACUGUGUCACAGCAGAAUCAGAGAAGGAGGCAAGAAACCGACCACAUGUCAGAGUAACACGUGUGCCAACCAGGGAGAGAGAUUUCAGGGGAGGCGACAGGGUCCUUUAUAAAGACUCUCUUUUAUGGAACACCCUUCAAGUUCGAGAAUGCCUGGUAAGGAAGAAGUCAUCAAUCAUUCUUGAGCUUUAGUCACCUCCUUCCUGAGAGUCCUCCCCACUUAGAGGCUCCACCCCUCUCAACACCCCCCCCCCAAGCUGGAACAAGCUUCCAGCGUGUGGACCGCUGGAGGACGAGCCAUAUCUAACCAUAGCACUCAGUACUGCAAAGCUGGCUUCAUUUCUGCCCCACAGCAGAGUCCCUCAAUGGAGAAAUGGUCCAGAAUCAGUCCUUCAUAGCAAAUAGCCUUUCAGCACAAAGUAUGCUGGUAGGAAACAGUGAUUCCGGCCAGUUUUAGGUUUAGCCUCUGCUGCAGAUGGAGAGGCCGAUCGUGAGGCUGCUCAGCCUGGGCACUGGCGAUGAACGGUGAAGACCUGAGGUCUGCCUGCAACCUCCCCAGAUUCUGCUUAGGCUACAGGAGGCAGCCAAGCCCUACAGAGCCUCCUCCCCAACCCGCAGGGUUGUGAGGACGAGCGGUCUGUAGAUAUAGGCCAGAUGUAGAUGUGUCUGUGUAAGUCCAGAGGAACAUCAGGCCACAGGCUUCAGUGACCCCAGUGUUCUUGAGGUGAUGCCAAAGCCACGCUGCCAGUAAUCAUGGUGGUAAGCCAGUGUCAGGCAAGCCCAAAGUUAAGAACUCCAGAGGUUAAAUGAUCCAAGUGAAGAACAGAUACAGGGGAGCAAAUGGGCCCCAAGAGUAAUUUCCCCAGCAGUUGGACAUGCCCAAGCUGACCUGUCUCUGGAGUUCUCAGAACUUCAGAACCAAAAGUGACCUGUUAACACUCAUAUUCAAACAGAGCCAUGGUGUAGAACCUUUCCUUUUCCAUAAGCCAGGAUCUGGUUAUGUUUCUCAGGCUGUCCUUAAAUUAAAAUCCCCCAUCAGCCACUUGAGUGCCAGUGUCAUAGGUGUUUACAGACCAGCCCACCCAUUAAAACUUGUCUGUUCUUAAAGCUAAAACAGGCGCAAUUCUGGGAGGAUCUAAUAACCUCUCAUUUACUUUUAAUUACUAGGUUAACUGAAAGAGCAAAAAGGAGACGCACUUCACAAACUAUUGGACAAACUCUGUCCAACAGCAGACAAGAGGACUCAGGUGCCACACAAGUAAGACAAGAUGC